AUGCAGAUUGGACAGGCGAUUGGCACUGCGUGUGCUACAUUCGCCAUCACCAACAUCGACGAUGCAUUCGUGCUGGUCACCUUUUUCGCCGAGUCAGCCACCAGCAAAGCCCUGACGCCACUCAGGAUCACCAUUGGCCAGUUUGUUGGAUUUACAGUCAUUGUGGUAAUCAGCAUGAUUGGCUUUGGCGUUUCGCUCGUCCUGCCAUCCGAGCCGAUUGGAUUCUUGGGCCUGUUACCGAUCAUUUUGGGCGUUUGGAAGUUGUUGGAGCUUCUCCUGCCCAGCGCCGAAGACGAGACAGACAAUGCCAGAGUCGCUGGUAUGAAGGGCGUGUUAACAGUCGCUUCCGUCACCUUGAUGAAUGGAGGAGACAACAUCGGCGUCUACAUACCCCUAUUCUCACAAGUCCGAGGAGCAGAAAUCGCAGUGUACAUCAUUGUGUAUUACAUUCUACUCGGGCUCUGGCUCUUGGCUGCCUUCUUGGUGAUGCGACAAAAGCAUGUCCUACGUAUUGUUGAAAAAUACGUGCACUAUGUCAUCCCCUUCUUGUACAUGGGGCUUGGCGCCUACAUUGUCGCCAAAUCGGAGUGUUAUCCAUGGUCUAUUGAACAGAUCGAUGCUCAGCACACUUCUCAUCCAGGUUGCGCCAUCAUGGCUGUCACCACUGUGGUUCUACUUUUAACAGCUAUCGGAACAAUCUUUUGGUAUCGCUGGGGUCACAAAGCAACCCCGUCUGAUACUCGGACGGAUAACGACGCGCCAGCACAAACAAAUGAUGAGGGCCAAGAGAUGACUGUAAUUCAAUCCAACAGCAAUGCCGAAGAUGCAACGAAUCCCCAACAUGUCGUUCACGACGGAUCGGUCAAUGCCGGCCAGAACCAGAGCAGCGGAUAA